AUGAGAGUCCUCCCGGCGCCGGGGCCGGGCCGUGGGCGGCGCGGAGCCGGGGGCGCCGCGGCCACCUCCGCCUGGCAGUCCCGCCGCCGCCGCCGCCGCCGGGGGACCAAACUCCUCGGCUUCUCCUCCUGCGGCGACGUAACGGUGCGGCUCCCUCUGCGGCGAGGAGCAACAAGCGUCUCCGGUUACUCCCCUGGAAAGUUUGCCCAAGUCUCUGGAAUCCCGGCGCACAGCGGCGCGCGCCCCCCGCCCCAAGCCCGGCCCCCGGCGGCGAGGACCCGGCGCCGCCGCCCGCGAGCCAAGGCCGCCGCGGCGGCGGGGCUGCUCCGCCUCCUCGCCUCGGGGCUCCGCUCGCCGCCUCCUCCUCCUCCUCCUCCUCCUUCGCCUUCUUUUCAACUCCCCGCUCUUUCUUCAGCCCCAAGUUUCAGCCAGAUCGGCCGAUUCUCGCUCUGA